UCCGCCCAAAUGCGCGUACCUGGGGAGAAGGUCACGGAGCAAUAUAAUUAUUGUGUUUCCCCACGGAAAAUACAAGACGGAGCACCAAAAUGGCGGCCUCCUUACUUCGGCUAGGACGACUGGGGUCUCUCAAGGUUCUCCAGAAAGAGAGCUGGGGCCUUUUGAGGAGCUCCUCUGCCGCGGCAUUCUGCACCAAGGCUGGGGAGCCAAAGAAAGAUGUUAAAAAGGCAACGGCUACAAAGGCCUCAGAAGAGAGGGCUGCACCACAAGCCUACAACACCACGGUUGCCUUCCCCGUUAAGCUUUCAUCCUCAGGACUUUCCCCAGCACAGGCUCUAGGUGAAAUUGAAUCAGUGGCUAGCCCCGUCACUGCUGAAACAAUAGUAGCCGCAGCUGCAGAACCAGCUACCUUUUCCACUUCUGCAAGCCAUGCUGACACUAUGCCUGCUGAAACUGCUGUGGCUGAAGAAACCGCUAGUCCUGCUGUAGAUGUGGCCGCUCCAGUCAUAGAGGUGGCUAAGUCUGCCCCUGCUUCUGAGAGUGUUGCAGAGAUCACAUCCCUUGUCACAGAGGAGGCUGCAGCACCAGAAACACCAGUUGUAGAAUCCACUACACCAGUUGCCAAGGCCGCAGUAGUCGCUGACGCUGUUGCAGAGGCUGCUCCAGUUGCUGAGGCUGUUGCCAGUGAAGCCGCCCCAGUUGAAGCAGUCGCGGCAGAGGCUCCUUCAGUUGCGGAGGCUGUCGCCGAACCUGCUCCAGUCGCUGACAUUGCUGCUCCCAUCGUCGAUUCUGCUCAACCUGUAAUCGACGCCGCCACUGAAGUCACGGAUGCCGCUCCCCCAGUUGCUGAUUCUGUCGUUGCUGCAAGUGAUGAAGCUCCCGCGCCAGAAGACAUUCCAGUUUCAGCCUCUGCCGAUCCACCUGUUGUUGAUGCUGCAGCCUCCACUGAACCUGGAGCCCCAGCCGUUGAAUCCUCAUCUAGUGAUUCUGACUCCUCCGACUCUGACACCGACUCUGAUGAUGAGAUGCCCGAAUUGAAAUCAAAGGCAAAACCAGGAAUCCUAGCAGAAAAAAAGAAAAACGCAGAAAAGGAAGUAGUGGCUUUGGCCAGCGACGCUGAGGUGGCAGUGCCGUCUGAUGCCAUCCUUGUGGCCACUGCUAAAGCUGUGCAAGAAGCUACACCUGCAGCGACUCUGAACGCCGUUCCUGAAACUGUCAAGGAAGAAGCACCAGAAGUUGUAGCCGACGCCGCACCAGAAGUUGUAGCCGACGCCGCACCAGAAGUUGUAGCCGACGCCGCACCAGAAGUUGUAGCCGACGCCGCACCAGAAGUUGUAGCCGACGCCGCACCAGAAGUCACCAAAGAAGUUCAAGCGGCCGCUCCAGAAGCUGCAAGUGCUGAGCUGGUUGACCCCACCUCUGUCCUGGAAGCAGCCACUGCAAAAGCUACCCUGGAGGUUGGCCCUGAAAGUGCCCCUGCUCCAAGUUUUGAGGAGCUAGUAGACUCUGCCCCUGAGAUCGCUAGUGUACCCAAAGAGAUUUUUGCAGAAGCUGCUCCAGAGGUUGAAGUGACGCCUCCAGAAGUCACAGCUACACUAGAAGUCACUCCAAAAGUUGUACCGGAAGCGGCAGAAGAAGCAUCUGAAGCUGCCCCUGUAGAAAUUGCUGCUGAAACCCCUGUUGAACCUACAGCGGAAGAUGCACCGGCUGUUGCUAAAGCUGCCCCAGCUGAAGCCGCAGCAGAGGUGCUGGUAGACAUCGCCCCUGUAGUGGCUGAAGCUGCAGGAGAGGAGCUGAUAGACAACGCUUCUGUAGUGGCUGUAGUCGCAGGAGAGGAGCUGAUUGCAGAGGCCCUGGCUGAGGCAGAACCGAAUGAGACAUCAGAGGAGGCGGCAGCUGCACCUCCAGAGCCAGCCCCCGAGCCUUUCGACAACAGCACUUACAAGAACCUCCAGCACCACAACUACAACCAUUACACCUUCGCAGACCUGGACCUGGAGAUGGCCAAGUACCGUCUGCCCCAGCCCUCCUCCGGUAGACCCUCCCCCAGGCACUGAGACAGCCAGGAACCCAGGCCCCAUGUCUCCAGACAGCAUGUCCCUGAUACCGCUGACCACCCCAUGUCUUUUUUUGUUGUUGAAUAAUAGUGAUUUUGCCUUGUACUUUAUGAUCCCUAAGAUGUGCUUGUAAUUCUGUUUAUAAGAAAUCUAUUAUAUUAAACUACACAAAAGGGA